AUGGCACGGUUGAAUGCAUCCAACCUAACAGUCGUGUACGGGCGACAAAGUCCUUCGACUGCUACCAAGACACGACCGCAUUCUUUCCAGAGAACCACCAUCUCAUCGCCACUAAGGCCUAAGCCCAAGCAAGAAGCAAGAAUAAGGAGCGAAUUCGCAGACUUCAAAAUCUUCGAAGACGAUGACAACGAUGAUGAUGACGAAAAAGAAGAACGAUCAGCUGACGAGGCGUACCGUGACCCAUUCACCGAGCCUUCACGUAUCACUCAGAAAAGGCCCCUAAAACUUACGCAUACAAAUUCAAUCACAUCCGGCCUGUCAAAGCGUGCAUCUCAUGAGAGCUCUGUAUCUUUGUCUAGCCAGUCACGGUCUAGUAGUGAAUUAGAUGAAGAAGAGAGUUCGGACAAAGAAAAUAUCUUUCUCGAUGACGAAGCUGAAGAGGCAUCUGAUGAAUCCGAAGAAGAGGAAGGUGAAGCUGAUUCCCGUGAUUUGGCCGAGUUAGAGGGAGGAAGCAUCCUGGUAGGAGGCGAGGGUAGGGAAGAGUCGGGUGCAGAGACCCAAACACCUCAAUUUAUGCGAUACAGGGAGUCUAAAUUGAAAGAGGAAUCAGACGAUUCACCAUCAGAAUAUAAUUCAGAUUCAGACUCUGAAGACGAAGAUAACUCGCUGCAAGAUUUCAUCGUCAGUGAUGACGAGGACCUGAGCUAUUAUGAAUCAGAGAAUGGGCUCGACGAAGAGGACGAGGAAGAAGAGGAGGUCAAACCACCAACUCCAAAGCCGACACGCAGGAGGCUUAUCAGAGGACGAAAACCACGGGAGUCCAACAUAAUUGCACAGACAAAGGAGCUCAAUGUUUCAGUUGAGGACUACUCUCCGCACCUGGCAGGACCAGGUACACCUCCUAAGACCUCAAACCGAAAAGGUCCUCCUCGUCUAACUUCCUCAUUCACACACUUGUCACCAAACGGAACGCACGACGAAGGAAUAGAGAUAUCCAAAACCAACAAGGCAAAGAGGAGGCCACUACGCGAGAGUAUCAAUUCAGUAUCAUCGACUCCUGAAAACACAAGAAGGAAGCAAGAAAAGAAGAUGCACACCCCACCCUCGAGUCCUUCUAAGAUUGUACUUCCAUCUCCAUCCAAAACAUCACACCGUAUUCCACCCUCACCGCACCGCCAGAGCUCCGAUGCCUUCUGGAGCCAAGAAGUCACCAACCAAUGGAACGACCAAUGGUCGCCUCCCAAGCAGAAGACUAAAAGCAGAGCCCUGGAGCGUCUUCUUGCUGCACUAGAUGAGGAGUCCACCGAGGCUGAUGCCGACGGAGUGAACAUCGAGUCAGACAGAAAACGCUCGAAUACAGCAAUCAAAGACGUGACCAUCUCGAGCCCGACCAAGAGUCCCAGUAAGACUGCGCUCAAAAAGGCCGAAAUUGCCCAAAGAAAAGAAGCAAUGGCACGUAAAAAGGCCUUUGAUGACAAGAAAACAGCCCUUGCACAAGAUUUCCUGUCCGCACUUGAUGAAGCCACAUCAGGAGGUCAGGUCACUCAACUUGCCAAAAGCACUGGGGGAAUCAAAAUAGCAUGGAGCAAGACACUGCGUAGCACUGCAGGACGAGCAAAAUGGCGACAAGAAAAAAUCAAGCAACCAGGAGCCGAGAUCAAGCAUCUCCAUCAUGCGUCGAUCGAGCUAGCGGAGCAUGUUAUCGACGACGAAAACCGACUGUUGAACACGUUAGCUCACGAAUACUGCCACCUGGCCAACUACAUGGUGUCAGGAAUCCGCACGCAACCGCAUGGCACCAGUUUCAAAGAAUGGGGGCGCAAGUGUGUUGACGCCAUUAGAAGCCACCCUGAGUACAAGAACUACCCCAUCGAGGUUACCACCAAGCAUUCCUACGAGAUCGACUAUAAAUAUGUCUGGAUGUGCAUCGACUGCGGGCAUAAAUACGGCCGUCAUUCCAAGAGCAUCGAUCCUACUAAAGCAGGAUGCUCUCUGUGCAAAGGUGGCCUGCAGCAAGUCAAGCCCAAGCCGAGAAAACCUGCAGCUGCGCCUGCAUUACCGCGGAAGAAUUUCUUCUCUAAAAACGUCCUGAAUGAGGUUGCCAUCGACAAUAUGGUUGAAAGUCUUGGAAAUGCGAAUUUGGGGGGAUAA